GAAAAUUUUUUUGGAAAGUUAUCAGAGAGCGAGUGAGUGGGGAGGCAUCUUCCGAAACAUUUACCGAAAUUGUCGCAAAAUUGUCCGGUUAACGAUAAUACGGGAAUAUUUUCCUCGAUACGAUCACCCGGAUCAAAAGGAUAUGUUUGAAACUUUUGUACGGGACGCGCAGACUUAAUCCUCGCUUAGUAUAAAACGUGUUGUGGAGCCGCCACCGCACAGUUCAAAGGAAACUUGAGGUGAACCGACACAUCGAGAUGAUCAUUCUGAAAUACAGGUAAGACACGAAAUCGUGUUUAAAUUGAUUUGAUUGUGAUAACACCCAAAUUAAUAUUGCAGAAUUCAAGUGAUUUUAUUAAAAUUUGUAAAAAUUUUUAUGAAGUUACUACGUACGUAUGCAGGAGCAAAACUUUUUAAUUGAGAUGAGAUGUAAUGUAGUCUCUCACAACGACUGAAGAAUAUACGGAAAUACCUUUUCUAAGUCUCUGCUAAACAUAAUUGUUUUUUACUCUAAUAAUUAUAAAUGUUGCUUUACUUGUAGUUCGUUUCCAAAUGAUUCUUGUCCACCUGAUGGUUGUCUGGAAGAGAUCGCUCUUAGCGAUAAGACCGCCAAUUGUAUUUUUUUGUGUUUAAUGUAUCGCACUGUUUAUUUGUUUUUUGGUGUACAAUAAAGAAUACUCUCUCUCUCUCUCCUCUCUCUCUCCUCUCUCUCUCUCUCUCUCUCUCUCUCUCUCUCUCUCUCUCUCUCUUUGCUAUUUUUUUUAAGAAAAGAAAAAAAAAACUAACAAAAGAGAAACUACUAAACACAAAUAAUCGAAAUCAUGAAGCGUCGGUGUCUCAAGCCGAAUUGCGAUUAAUAGGCGAACUCUGGUAUUUAUCACACGAUAUAGCAUAUGAAUGAUGAAAGUGAAGAUCUUCCGACCGUAUUUCAGUUCGUUUUUUGUGUGGGCGGCGUGCGCCCUGGCCGCGGUGGCUGCUCAAAUCACCUUCAGCAGGGAUUGGAGCGGCGGGAAACGAUCUGUAGCCGAAGCGCCGGUGGACUGUAGACAAUUCACGAGAUUCUGUCGCCAUUUCGUAGUAAGUAUGCAACCUCAUCAUUCGAUUUGCUCUAGCGGACCACGGACGCAGCUUGGCUCUCGGUAAGUAGCGGCUUGGCUUUGCCCCUGGCAUUGCU